GACACAGCACACUCCUCUCCACUCCCUGCUCACUCUCUCAGUCUCUCUGUGCUCACUUCAUUCGCAGGACAAAAAUGGCGAUUCCCAUUUUCGCCCACCGAGUUCUUCUCCUGCUCCUCCUCCUCUAUUGCUCGUCACUCGGAGCUUCGACGACUCACCCGGACUUGGAGCCUCUUCUUGCCUUCAGGGAUUCCUCGGACGCGGCCAAUGAGAAGCUCUGGGACUGGAACUCCACCGGUGUCAGCCCCUGCUCGUGGUCCGGCGUCUCCUGCUCCCGCAACCGUGUCUCCCGCCUCGUGCUCGAGGACCUCGACCUCUCCGGCUCCAUCCAGCCCCUCACCGGGUUGACUCAGCUCCGAGUCCUCAGCCUCAAGCACAACCGCCUCUCCGGCCCCAUACCCGACCUCUCCAACCUCACCGCCCUCAAGCUCCUCUUCCUUUCCGACAACGGCUUCUCCGGCAAGUUCCCGCCUUCUGUCCUCUCUCUCAUUCACCUCUACCGCCUGGAUCUGUCCCACAACAACCUCUCCGGCGAGGUCCCCCCGACCCUCAACCACCUCACCCAUCUCCUCACCCUCCGCCUCGACGGGAACCGCUUCUCCGGACCGAUUACGGGCCUCGUCCUCCCAACCCUCCAGGAGUUCAACGUCUCCGGGAACCGGCUUCAGGGAGAGAUUCCCAAAUCCCUCUCGGCCUUUCCCGAAUCGGCAUUCUCCCAGAACACUGGCCUCUGCGGUUCCCCGCUGCAGAGCUGCAACGGCAUUGUGGGCGACCCGAGCGAAGGGCCCGGAUCCAACGGGGAGGUCGCCUCCCCGCUCAUGCCCGGGGCAGGCCCGAGCAUCGUCUCGUCAUCUCCGAGCUCCAUUCCUGGGAGCACCAACCCUGCGCUGUCGGGCAACCCCCACAGGCGAGCCAGGAUGAAGCCGGUUGCGCUGAUAGCGAUAAUAGUCGGGGACGCAAUCGUCCUAGCGGUCAUCUCCCUCCUCCUCUACUGCUACUUCUGGAGGAACUACAUGGGCAAGAUCGGCGGCGAGGGACAGAAGGGCUCAAAGCUCAUGGAAAGCGAGAAGAUCGUAUACUCAUCGAGCCCGUACCCCACCCAAGCCGGGUACGAGAGGGGGAGGAUGGUGUUCUUCGAGGGGGAGAGGCGGUUCGAGCUGGAGGACCUGCUUAGGGCGUCAGCGGAGAUGCUGGGGAAGGGAGGGUUUGGGACGGCAUACAAGGCAGUGCUGGACGACGGUGGGGUGGUAGCGGUGAAGAGGCUGAAGGAUGCGAGCGUCGGGGGGAAGAGGGAGUUCGAGCAGCACAUGGAGAUCCUCGGGCGGCUUCGGCACCCGAACCUCGUCAACCUCAGGGCCUAUUACUUCGCCCGGGAGGAGAAGCUGCUGGUCUACGACUACAUGGCCAAUGGCAGCCUGUUCUGGCUCCUACACGGCAAUCGCGGGAUCGGCCGGACCCCACUUGACUGGACCACCCGACUCAAGAUUGCAGCAGGGGCUGCUCGCGGCCUUGCGUUCAUUCAUGGCUCGUGCAAGUCCCUUAAGCUCAUCCAUGGCAACGUCAAGUCCACCAACGUCCUAAUUGACCAGCUGGGCAAUGCCCGAGUGUCCGACUAUGGCCUCUCGAUCUUCGGACCCCCGACUAGCGCCGGCACACGGUCUAAUGGAUAUCGUGCUCCUGAGGCCGCCCUCGACCACCGCAAGCUGACCCAGAAGUCUGAUGUGUAUGCAUUUGGGGUUGUUCUGCUGGAACUCCUGACUGGAAAGUGCCCCUCGAUCGUGGACCAUGGGAAUGGGGCGGAGUACAGCGGUGGGGUCGUGGACCUGCCCAGGUGGGUCCAGUCGGUGGUGCGGGAGGAGUGGACGGCCGAGGUGUUCGAUUUAGAGUUGAUGAGGUAUAAGGACAUCGAGGAGGAGAUGGUCGGGCUGCUACAGAUCGCGAUGGCCUGCACCUCAGCCUCGCCUGAUCAGCGGCCCAAGAUGUGCCACGUUGUUCGGAUGAUUGAGGAGAUGCGCGGGGUUGACGUGUCCCCGUGUCAUGAGAAUGUCGACUCAGUCUCGGAGUCGCCGGCCCUAUCGGAGGGGGCAUGUGGGGUGAGUCAAUGACUGUCGAUGGUGCCUCUUUGGAACCAGAUGGAGUAUAGCAGCUGUCCCCUUGAUUUCCAAAAAUUUAGUGGUUGAGAUUAACCUGGAACACUGAAAUUAGAGCACUCCUUUUGUCAAAUCAACUUGGAUGUAAUUAGAUAUGUUUUUUACAUUUUCUUUUUUGGUUUUUUUUUAAAAUUUAUAUGCUUUACUUUUCAAUUUUCAUUAUCUUUCUCAGUCCAUAUCAAAUCAUUUGAUA